GUCGCCAGCUACUACUACUACUACUAGUCGUCUUCGUCAAAUCCAGCUAUUACACGUUCCCAAGCCUCGGCCUCUCUCGCUUCCCUCUACUUUCAUUCUGCUACAAGGUUACGAGUUACGAGUCUCGCCCUCGCCACGCAACAGCCUCCACGCGUUACACGUGUCAACAUGCUGCUUUUUUCACCACCCCGAUGUGAUUUUCUCAUAGGGACCGGACUAGCAAAGCAAAAGGCUCUCACUUCAAGGCGCUUCUCCAUGCCCGUCUGGCCUGAGCGCUCCAUUCCUAACCCACCCUCACCUCCUUCGCUCCAACACCGCGGCGCUCGGCCGCCUCUGCGCAAACAACAACAACACCAAAUGGCUUCAACCCCAUCCUGCGACAUGUCUUUGCACCCCAGCAGCCCAUGGUCACCUCCCUUCUCGCCAACGCUUGGCAGUAUUCCCGAGGUCUUCGAGUACGAGUCACUCCGGGCCACAGAGAAGCCUGUGACGCCCAACGAGAACCCAGAGACGCCAGAAGCUUUUGCCCCGGAGCCGUCCACCGUCGCUGCACCCAAGCUUUCCAGGGCUUUGGUCAAGAAAGCCAUCAUACAGUCUCCGCUUCGAAAGACUCUCUCCGCCCUUUCCCUUUCCGAUGUGCUCCGCAAAGUUCUCGACGCCGAUCGCAACCGGCGGCGGCGGAUCAUGCGCGUUUACUUGAAGGCCAUUGUAUUCCUCAAGUAUCUGUGGCGCGCAAACGAGCGGUAUGGGUCGGUCAUGUUGACGUCGGGCAUGUACUUGCAGCGAUGAUCAGAGCACGCAAGAGCCGAGAAGUUUUGAUUCAUUUCCAGGGAGUUUCAUGAUGAGUUUCAGGACUGCGAGCGGCGUCUUGCAUCGGAUGGCGUCUGAAUUCUGGAUACCAUGGGCUAGCACUGUACGGCGUUUAUCACAGGCUGUCUCUUCCUUAUCCAAGCUACAUUGUGCAGGCUGGAGUGAUUUAGCACUGCCAACGGCCUACACAUAGUGGACAUGACCGACAAUUAUUAUUCGAGCAUUGUUUCCCCACGAAGACACCGUCUCAUCUUA